AAAAAAAAUAAAAACUUCCACUAGAUAUUAAAAUACAGUUGAACCAAGAUAAACGCAGCACUAGAAAGCACUUGAACAAAGAAAUCACUUUCUAUCUACUCCCAACUUUCCACCAAUUGCGAUGCACUGCCAAGGACAACCUGCUCACCUCCAAGCCAGAAUCCAACAUAAGGGGGCACCGCAUCAAGCAAUAGCUGGUGAUGCAGGUAAGGCGGCACGUGAGGCUGCAGCUUGUCAAGCAGGGGUCACCAUGAGGUUAGACAAGGGGUUGUAGCCGUGCAGGAGGCAGUGCAUCAAGGGGGGCAUGUAAGGCUGCAACGUGUCCAGCAAGGGCAUGUGAGGGUAGAGCGCCCUCACGUGAGGCUGCAGCGCAUCGAGCAGGAGCGCAUGAGGCUGCAGCACAUUGAGCAGGAGCGCAUCGAGCAGGAGUGCCCUCAUGUGAGACUGCAACACAUCGAGCGGGAGUACCCUCACGUGAGGAUGCAGCGCAUCGAGCAGGAGCGCAUGAGGCUGCAGCACAUUAAGCAGGAGCACAUCGAGCAAGAGCACCCUAGUGUGAGGCUGCAGCACAUCGAGCAGGAGCACCCUCAUGUGAGGCUGCAGCGCAUCAAGCAGGAGCGCAUGAGGCUGCAGCGCAUUGAGCAGGAGUGCAACGAGCAAGGCCGCUCUCAUGUGAGGCUGCAACACAUCGAGCGGGAGUACCCUCACGUGAGGCUGCAGCGCAUCAAGCAGGAGCGCAUGAGGCUGAAGCACAAUGAGCAGGAGUGCAUCGAGCAAGAGCGCCCUCAUGUGAGGCUGCAGCACAUCGAGCAGGAGUGCAUGAGGCUGCAACGCAUUGAGCAGGAGCGCAUCAAGCAGGAGCGCCCUCACAUGAGGCUGCAGCGCAUUCAACAGGAGCGCAUCGAGCAGGAGCGCAUGAGGCUGCAGUACGUCAAGCAAGGGCAUGUGAGGCUGCAAGGCAUCGAGAAAGAGCCUGUGAGGGUGCAAGGCAUCGAGCAAGAGCCUGUGAGGGUGCAGCGUGUCGAACAAGGGCAUGUGAGGCUGCCGCAGGUUGAACAGGAGGGCGUGAGAGUACAGCACGUCAAGCGGCUGCAGUGCCUCAAGCAGGAGUGUGUGAGGGUGCAAUGCAUCGAGCAAGGGCACAUGAAGCUGCUGCUGGUCGAGCAAGAGUGCUUGAGGCUGCAUGUUGAGCGAGGGCCCAUGGGGUUGCAGCCCCUCAAGCAAGGGGGCACAUGAGGCAGGACGUCAAGUAGCAACGCAUUUGGUACGCCAUUAGGCGCUGUUACAAAUAUCAAUUUAUAACCGAAGAAGA